AUGACCCUUGAACUCUCAUCGGCCAGGCAACCUACCCGGAAACCCUGGUCCAUAGCAGAGCUAGUGCGAGGCCGUAACGUUGCGCUCGGACUCGCUACCGAUGUCUCUUCUCAGCGCUCAUACAAUUCCCAUCUUAACUCCUACAUCGCGUGCUGUACCAUGCACUCCUUCCCACUUGACCCCACCCCCGACACCCUCUCCUUCUUCAUCGUCUACAUGUCACACCACAUCGAGCCACGUUCAGUUGGAACCUACCUCUCAGCAGGCUCCGUCCCCACCAGGUCUUGGUUUAUGCACCGGCUCCGCGCCCUCAAACCUGACACCCGCUGGGCUGGCCAGUCAAUGCGAGCAGGAGGCGCCACUGCAAUGGCAGAAGACGGCGCCCCUCCUCAAGCUAUUCAAGCUGCUGGGCGGUGGGCAUCUGACACAUUCCAGCUUUACAUCAGAAAGAACCCGUUUGUACUCAACGCCAUGCUUGCCACUCAUCGAGCAUAA